AUGGCCUUGGCCGCAUGGCUGGCGGGCGAGGCGGUGCACGGCGCAGGGCAGGCCGCGCUGCUGUGGGCAGCCCGCGGUGAGUGCCCAGCCUGCACGUGCGCGCCGGCCCUCACGUGCGCCCCUGGCCAGGAGGCGGCGCGCGUGGACUGCCCAGGCGGGUCCCCAGGGUGGGCGCUGUCAGCGGUGGCCCUCGCUGGCGUGACUGGCUUCGCUGGAGGGCUCCUGGCCGCGCGUCAGAGCGCGGGCCUGUGCCUCGUGAUGGCCAGCUUUGCAGCCGCCGCGGCGGCCAGUGGACACCCUUUGGCUCUGGACGGACUCGACGAGGGCGAUUUCAUCCUGGUGCUGUAUCGCGUGGGAGGUGGCCGGAUCUGGCACGAGCGCCUGAUCCUGGCGUUUCAGACGGUGCCGCCCUUCGGGACAGGGGUCUUGACUCCAGAUGGGCACGCCUACGUGGAGGCCAUCAUGCAGAACGGGGCGGACAUCAGGGAGUACGCGAUUCCCGCCGGCGCCGCAGUCGGCGCCGUGGCCGCCGCCACAGCUGGGGAUCAGGCGGCCCAGCAGCCGCGCCAGCUGGCGCCGCCGCCCUUGUGCCAGUGGCGGCCGCACCUGCACCUGCGGCAGGAGGAGCUCCAGCUGUCGUGCCUCUUGGCGGAGGAGGGGCGCCCCCCGCUGCUCCUGGCGCCCUUGGCGGCGCCGCCGUGGCGGUGCCGGCCCCUGGGCCUGCCGCCGCCCCCGCGCCUGCCGCAGGUGGUGGCCCUGGUCCUGGGGGUGGGAUAUGUGGACUUCCGAGCUGCAGUGGUUCGCCUUCACGAACUGCCAUGGGGCGAUUGGUCUCUCAAGGGACCUCGCGCGCUGCUAUGGGUGCUGAGCUUCAUAUGCCGCAAUGGGGGAACGCCCCUUGGCAGGCACGCGAAGUGGGUUUCGGAGGGGUACCUGGAGGCGGACGAUCCUGGAGUGGACAUCCACUUGCUGUGCUGCCGCCUCCUCGAGCUGGGCGUGGUCUACGAUCAGCUCCACGUGACCAACAUUGCGGCCAUGGAGUUGGUCGGGCGGACCCUCCAGACGCAGGAGGAACUGUACCGAGACAGGUUCGCGGCGUCUUCGGAAUUCGGCUCAGACGCUGCGCUGAUGUCGGGUGCUCUGGACGCUGGCGGCAACGUGUGCGUAGCCCCUGCUCUGAGGGACUGGCUGGCCGCCGAGAAGGCGCGCGAGGCCAACAUAGCCAAGGAGCGGCGCAAGGCACCUCUGGCGACGGGCGCGGCAGCGAUGGCCGAGGUCGAGGGCGCGGCCGCGGCCGCGGACGAGGCAGAGACGGCGGGAGGGGCGGCCGCACAGCCCCAGACGGCCAUGGCUGAGAAGCACCAGGGGGGGGCACUUGGGCCAGCCUCUCCCUGGGACAGGA